AUGAGAAAAAACAUAAUACUUGUGGCAUAUAUAUGUUUUAUUUAUAUGAGAGCGAAAUGUGAAGCACUAAAAAUAAAUAAUAUACUAAAUAAAUCCUAUUUUGCCAUUAUAAGCAACUAUAAUAAUAAUAAUAAUAAUAAUAAUAAUAAUAUUAAACAUAUUAAUCAUAUUAAUCAUAUUAAUGGUCAAGGGAAGCAUAUAAAUAAGAGUAGUCAUAAUAAAGGAGGUAUAUUAAAUAAUGAGAUAUUAAAAAAGCCUGCAAAAGAGAAUAAAAAGCUUAAGGAAAAUGUUCCAAAAGAUAUAAAGGAACAUGUCUCUGAAAUUUCAAAAGAAAAUAAAUUUCUUCAUUUUGAAAAUAAUAAAAAGAUAUCGAUAAAUCCUUUAUUUCAAUCACUUUGUAAAAAGGUAAGUGUUAGUGAAACGUGUUUAUAUAAUAUACAAAAAUUUUAUAGUGAAGUGAAUUAUAUGAAUCUUAAAAAUAAGAAUCCUAAAGAUAAUAAAUAUUUUUGUGGAGUAUUAUAUGGGAAAUAUGAAAGAGAUGAAUUUGUAAAAGUUGAGCAUGUUUUCUUUUCAAUGAAUAGAACUGAACAAGGAUAUGAUGAAAAAUAUCUUUUACAUAGUGAAGAUAGAAAAAGAGCAGAUCAGCUAGCGAAAAUGUUAAAUUUGGAAGUUGUUGGAUUUUUAUAUGCAUAUCCUGAUAUAGGAGUUGAUUUAAAUAUGUCUAAUAAAAAACAAAAGCAUUUUAUAAAAUUAAACAAAAAAAUGAAAACAUUGAAUGAUGAAGAAAAUGAAAUAUUUAUUCCUAUGGGUGGAAAAGAAGUUUUAUUAUCCAUAAUGUUAAUGUGGCAAAUAAGGAGGCAAUCAAAAAUAGGAGAAGAAAAAAAUGGAAAAGCAUAUGCACAUAUGAAUAAAAACAAAAAUAAUGAUAGUCAUAAUGAUGAUCGUAAUGAUGGUCAUAAUGAUGGUCAUAAUGAUGGUCAUAAUGAUGGUAAUAAUGAUGGUCAUAAUGAUGGUCAUAAUGAUGGUCAUAAUGAUGGUCAUAAUGAUGGUCAUAAUGAUGGUCAUAAUGAUGGUCAUAAUGAUGGUCAUAAUCGUGAUGAUACUAAUUUCAUUGAAGAGAACAGUGACCAGUAUAAUAAUGGUAACAUUAAAAAGAAAAAGAAUGAGACGAUAAAAUUUAAGAAUGUAAAAAAGAAAAAUAAAACAAAACAAGGGAAAAAAAAUAUGAAUAUAAAACCAUUUAUUACUUUAUCAAUCGGUAUGAAUAAAAAUAAUGAAUCUAUAAUUGUUGAAGCAUAUGAAAUGAAUUAUGAUUUAUUAAAAUUAAUAAAACAUGAUAUGGUAAAAGAUAUAAAUAAACAAAAUAGUAUAUUACAAUUUGAAAAAAAUGAUAAAGAUAAAGAAAUAAAAAUAAAAACUUUUGAUAGUGAAAUAGAUAUUAUGAAUGAAUUAUAUUUAAAAUGUAAAAAUAAUAUACUUAUAAAAAAAAUAGAAAUUAAAAAAAUAGAUAUCCUUUUUUGUGUAAACAAUAUACCUAUAUUUUCUCAUAAAGGUAAUUAUAAUUAUUUUUUCCCAUAUCCAACCAAUACAAAUUAUUAUUACAUACUACAAACAUUUAAUCAUAUGAUCAAAGCAUUACAUAAUAAAAGUGAUAUUGUGCAUAUUUUUAGAGAUUUUAAUUUUUUAUUUUUUUUAACAAACAUUUUUUCAAUUGAACAUGAUCUUCCUUAUUUUUGUAAGGCUGUUAAAGAUGUCAAUAAUUCUGUAGAUAUACCAGACCAUUAUUUGCACAUUUUACAAAAUCUAUCCAAUAACGCAAACAUGUUUCAUUAA